AUGCCUGAGCAGGAAGCCCCCUACGACCCCUAUAUCCCCAGCGGCCAGGCUGGAGCCCAACAGGGUGCUGGCGGCAAUGCUAGAACGCAGGCGCUGCAAGCUCAAAUCGACGACACCGUGGGUGUGAUGCGUGACAAUAUCAACAAGGUAUCCCAACGUGGUGAGCGACUCGAUGCUCUUCAGGAUAAGACCGACAACUUGGCUGUUUCAGCGCAAGGUUUCCGCCGAGGAGCCAACAGGGUCCGAAAGCAGAUGUGGUGGAAGGACAUGAAGAUGCGCAUGUGUCUGAUUAUCGGUAUUAUCAUUCUACUGGUCAUCAUUAUUGUCCCUUCUGUUGUGGCUACCCGCUAA